AGUGUCGGUGAAGAGGAACCAGUGAUAAAAUGCGUGGACUCCAAAUUUGUUUAUUAUUGGCAUUGUGCGCUGUGGUCAAAACAGGGUACAUAGGGUACGCAAACUAUGGUGGUUACAAGAGUUAUCCAGGAUACGUCGUUCAUGGAUACAGUGGCUACAACGGCGGUAAUCACGGAGAAUAUUACGCGUACCCUAAAUAUGCCUUCGAUUAUUCUGUAAAUGAUCCCCACACUGGUGACCACAAAACACAGUGGGAAUCCCGUGAUGGGGAUGUAGUUAAAGGUGCCUACUCUCUUGCCGAGCCUGAUGGCACAACUCGUAUAGUGGAGUAUACAGCUGACAAACACAAUGGUUUCAAUGCGGUUGUCAAGCGAAUUGGACAUGCUCACCACCCUCAAAUAUACGGAAAACACUAUAAUAGACCCGGUUAUUAUGGAUACCAUUAGAUAUAGAUACAUAAAUAAUAAUGUAAAAAAAAAAAUACAAAAAUGACCAAUAUAUGACAGCACGUGAAUAUUAACUGUGAUAGUGUUGAUAUUA